GGUACCCGGAAGUGGUGGCAGAGUGACUCAUCUUUACUUCUUUUCUAUCUCUAUUACUACUACAGUUUGGAUUUCACCUGGAAACUGAAAAUGAGUAACUCUGAGGAUCCCAAAGUGACCAGUACUCCACACAUAGUGAAAGAAGAGCUCAUGGCAGCGGGAAAAUGGGUGAAGCUGGAGAAAACGACAUAUGUGGACGGUGCUGGAAACACCAGAACCUGGGAGACCGUGAAAAGGACAACAAGACAAACAAACACAGAGGCGGACGGUGUUGGAAUUAUCGCCCUGCUGAAGCGGACGCUCCAUAAAGACUGCGUGGUGAUGGUGAAGCAGUUUCGUCCUCCUAUAGGAUGCCACACUCUGGAGUUUCCUGCAGGAUUGAUUGACGAGGGGGAAAGUGCAGAGGCUGCAGCACUGAGGGAGCUCAAAGAAGAAACCGGCUACAAAGGAGAAGUAGUAGGAGUCACUCCAGUGACCUGUCUGGACCCCGGUCUGUCUAACUGCACCACCCAAAUCGUCAUGGUCAACAUCAACGGAGAUGAAGGGGAGAACAUCCACCCAACACAACAGCUCGGUGAUGCAGAAUUUGUUGAAGUCAUUCUUUUACCUCUCGAUGAAUUCCAGAUGAAAAUAGAUGAUUUGCUGAAGAAGGAAAAAAUCGUGGUGGACGCUAAAGUGUACAUCUUUGCCAUGGGGAUGGUUCAGGCCUUCUUUAAGCCGAAGGAGCUGCCUGUCCUGAAGCAGUGACGGAGAAACAUUCAGAGUGAGGACAAGAAAAAGAAAAGGUCGUUUCUGUUACACACGGCUCCUACACAAGAAAAAAAAAGAAGACUUCCAAAUUGCGAUGAGAAAUUUAGGCACCAUGUAGUCUCAUAUUUUAAUAUUCAUUUCUAUGACUGUCCAUAGGGCGAUAUGGAAAACAUAAAACACAAUAAAACUCUGUGUUAAUCAUACUGAAGACAAAAAUCAAAUGAUGAAAUGGAAGUCCUGAAAAAUCCUUGGGUUGAGACAGUGAACCUGUGAAGGAGCCCUGUUUACACUACAAUGUACUGGACCACCUUUCUCAGUAUGGAGAUGCUACCAUACACCUGAAGGCCUGAAACAUACUCUGCCGGGGCCAUUUGAUGAUUGUUUGCACUAAACACAGAAUAUGUUUCGGCCUUUAGUCUUGAAUGCCUUACAUGACAAAUAGUCAUUUUCCAGGUUUUUAUGAGAUUACAUUUAGUUUGAUGAGAUGAAAUUUGUUGUACUUUUUAUUUAGUGAUUGUAAGACAUUCCCAACAUACAGUUUUGAUGAAACCAAUCAACCUCAAAACCCUUUUCCUGUUUAAAAACUAACAGAUGCUGAGCUGGUUUGGUUUAUUCUGAUUCUUUUCUUGGAUAACUUCAUGCAUGCUCACAUACUUCUUCUGAUGGUUGUCUAAAGGCAUUGUGGGAACUAAAGGAACUCGCUAUCUAAAGACGACGUUGACGAGCCAUCAGUAACAAAACAGCAUUUCAAUUGUGAUAACGGUUACAUUAAUAUUUGGUUUGUAUAUUAACAACAGUUAACAAUAUGAGGGUGGGUCUUACUUGUGUAACUUCACUGUAAUGUACAAGAGAUACUGUUGUGAUAAAGGCAGUAACCCCAUUGUGGUGCAAUCAGCUGGAUUUUAAUUAUGUGCUUACCCUAACAACUAAAAAUAACUGACCAAUGAAUAAAUGUGGUACUACUUUUGCUCUUA